AAAACGUGAACGAUUUGGUGAAAUACAUUUUUCGAUAGUUUAUUGAGCUUCAUUCUAUGUAGAGAUCGGCAAUCCAUCCAUCAAAGAUAUCGUAAAACACCGUUGCUUUUGAACACUGCACACGAACACGUAGUAACACAGCUAGAGAAGGUAAUACUUGGUUUGUUCCAGAAGAGGUAAGUGUUGCUCGAGUUAAGCUACUUCGCUUGCAAAUCCUUCACUUCCUGCUCAAUAUUACGCCUUGCGAUGGUCUCGAACCGCUCGCUAAAUUCCUUCGUCGAAUAAAUGCACGGUAUGCGGCAGAGUUGCUGUAACAGCUGUUGACAAAGAAGAAGCCUCUGUCCAGUUACCUGACGAUAUUUAGGAAAAUGCAAAAGUCGUGGUUACCUUAAGCCGUGUUUUAUCAUAGGAACACGUGCCUUGAGCAGGACACUCUUCGCGCAACAACCGUGUAUAUUGUUGAUAUUCUUCGGGAGGAGUUCUGCGUUGAGAUAAGGUAAUGUAGGUUAGUUCUGCUAAUGCCAGCUACGAAUCCAUGAGUCCAACCUACCCCAGUACCAGCAAAUCUAGGUCUUGGAAGAAUUGCACAUCUUCCUCCAGCAAAUCGCCUGCAUCCGAUUGCAUAUCACCCAACAACCGCUUCACGUUGUUCUCGAGUGAUUUCUGGAAAGGCAAACAGAUUUUUAUGACCACGGUUGCGUGUGACAAAGCCUACGGCCUCUCGCUUACGUUGUCCAGGUUGGCAUCCGUGAAAAAUUCUUCCACUGCCGAACAAUUCUUACUCAUACAGUCUUUGUCAGCAUCAAAAUGGUAAUACUGGAAAAGUGCUGCCAACUGGAGGCAGACACUCGCACCCGUCAGAUGGGGGAUCUUCCUUCGAAUCAGCUCCGAUUCCGUAUGAUAACGUCGGCUCGUAUCGGAGUACUGAGAACGAAGCUUUGCCAACCACUUUUCCGACACAUCUGGCGACAAUUCCAGAGCGGUGCUGAUGUUUUCCCACAAUGAAUCCAUGAGCAGCCAAUCAAUCACUAUCCAGCAGCGUCUUUUGUAUCCUGAAACUGAGGCAGAGAGAUUCUGAGAUCCUGUUCUUCUUGCUAACCUUCGACUCCUCGUUAGUAUGACUAACGUCAUUGAUUUUGUCAUCCUUUCCUGCUAUCCUCUGGAGAAACAUGCGCAGUAGUCAUGUAUUUCAUCGUAAUAUACACACAGCCUUCGAAUCAAAACAACGUGUUUUCCGGUGAAUUGCUGGUUUCGCAUGGGUUCAAUUUGUAAGAUAUUCACAAACUUCACAGUUUAUUACCUUACACAGAAUGGCACGCAAGAACACGAAUAAACUUCUGAAAAGGACUAGCAUCGAUACUAGGCAUAAAGCUGCAAAGCGUCAGCCUUGUCCAUUCAAGGCGAAUAUUCCUAAUAACAAAAAUCUACAUCGCACAAAACACAAAUCGUUGAACAAUAACUCAAAGCUUAUGAAUCCGGCCAGCAUUCAAAAACAUUAUGAAUCGCCACGAGGGGCAGCAGCCAGUAGCUGCACAGACGACUCAGUUGUUCAUCCUAUUGUAAUAGAUGAUUCAGAUGAAGAGAACGUGUUAAACACCAGUGAUCAGCCACUACUCUUUUACGAGGAUCGUCGUCCUGGAGCAGGAGAUAAAAUCGAAAAUGGUAUACCGUUGUAUGUCAUUGGUUCACCGAGGUAUCGGGAUUUAGCUGAAGAUGAGAUCAUUGUACUUGAUAGUACGUUAGAGAACACACACAUAGCUGAUACAGACGGGCCGAAGUGCAGUGAAUCCGGGAUGGUAGUGUCAAGCAGUGUGGAGUUGGAUGUGGUAUCUCAAAAAACAGUUAAUACUAGCGUGAUCGACCUAGAUAGCACGCAAAUAGGUGAUACGGAUGAGCCGAAUGGCAAAGAGCUUGGGACCGGUGCGCCCAUGAGCGCAAAGCAGAACGUAAUACCUCUAGAUGCAGUUUAUACUGCCGUGAUCGAUCUAAGUGACGAUUCUGCAGAGGAAUCAGUGGUGCCAGAGCCAGCCGUAAAUAAAAUACCUUUGGGGUAUGAUAUUCGAAAAAGAAACGUUACAGGCCAAAACAAUUCCAAACCGAAGCCCGCCCCAGCUACAUCCUGGAAAUCGAAAGCUAUUAAAACUAGUCCACCAACAACAACACCUUUAAUUAUAGAAGAAAAGCCGGUGACCCCUGGCAAAAGGAUGAUUAUUAUCGAUGGAUGCAAUGUUGCCUAUAGCCAUUUAAACGGAAAAGCAUUUUCGGUAAAAGGACUGCAGUUGUGUAUAAAUUAUUUCAAAAAGUUGGGCCAUGAAGUAUCUGCAGUCGUACCACAGUACAAAAUGAAAAGAUUCCAAAGCACCGACCAAGAUUUACUAAAUAAGCUUUGCGAGCAAGGGUUAGUUGUAUUGGCGCCGAGUAAGACCCUUCCAGGACAAUGUUCAUCAUCCUAUGAUGAUCGAUUGAUCCUUCGGAUAGCUGAGCAGUUCGAUGCAGCUAUUAUAUCAAACGACAAUUUUCGUGAUCUACUCCACUGUAGUCCAGAAUGGCGCCAAAUCAUUACAACCCGCGUAAUCGGUUACACCUGGGUGAAAGACUGCUUCUUCCUACCGGAUGACCCUUAUGGACGUCAGGGUCCUUUGCUGCAAGAGAUCCUUAACCGAUGAAAUGGUUGAGAGUUGUUGAUAAGAUAUAAGGCCAAUAGAUAUCAGUGGAUGUUGGAAAAGUAAUCAUUGGAAAAGUAAAGAAACCUUUAUUGAAUUAAAAUGUUUACAAAGCAAACGAUCAACUGGGAAGACUCCUACAGGCCGAGAGAUUUAUGAUGGUACUGUGUUAUUUUCCGGUUCCCUGCUAUUGAUUACUUGUUCAUAUGAUGGUGGAAGAUCUGCAAAGAAGAAUCAUUUCAUGGGCAAUCUUGCAGACAAUCAUUGAUCUUCCUAUAGCUACCAUGUCGGACUACUCCUCCUGCUCUUGGUGCUGCGCCGAUGACAAUCAAGGUUUGAUUGGUAUAACCGUUAUUAGGCGGACGCUCGCGUUCAUCACUAAUAAUAUGCGGGGAUCUACCAUCGCCGGUAUUUGGAAUUGUAUACACUAUUCCAGGUUGCUGACUAUUUGGGCAGGUUGUGUUCGCUAUAAAGAAAGCAGCGAUGAAAUCAACCUCAUAUGACUUGCACAAGAUGCCUUCGACAUACCUGCAGUGCUAUUCGCUUGGAUGUUACUAAAUCGAUUUUUAAACCUUCGGUCGUACAACCACUGUAAAAUUAUAUUAAACAAACAGCAAUUUAGGAAUGACAAUUUGAUGAAUCAACAUAUCUUCGAGCACGUGCAGGAAUCAAGCUGUUUAUAGACAGAUUGAGAUUCGUCACCGUUCAGGUAUCCAUCGACGUAGCCACACAGCUUAUCGUCCGAUAAGAUAUCGAAGGUAACGAAAGGCAGUGCACAUACAAACUGAGAUUUACUUCAAAACAUCUAAUGCGGUCAAACAGGGCUUCCGAAAGACGGACUGGGUCUUUGAACGGAGCUUUAUAUCGAAACUGCGUUGUCGUCUUCACUGUGUACAGGUACAUCUCACUUGAAAGCGGAGCGGUUACUUACCACGGCCAGCCAAAUGGCUAUAAUUGAGAGCACUAUCACCGGUAUCACGACGUAUGCGGCCAUUUGUCGAUUGGUGCCCGGACAGGAUAUCGUUUGCCCGUGAGCAAUGGCUUGCGACUGAGUGGCUAGCGAUAAAAUUAAAGCAUACACCUCAAUCCACCCGCCCAGGGCGUGGUUGGUUUAUCGUCAUUUAAGGAAACGGAUAUAGGAACAAC